AUGGAUUCUCCCUCCGAUCUCUCUCCCAAUGCACCUCCUAGUGGAUUUGAUGAGUCUGUGCCGCUUUUUUAUUCCAAUGUUCAAGGAUUGACACCUUCUCUUGAUCAGAAAUCAGCUGACGGUUCUGUAGAUUCAAGUGGAUUCGAGAAAGUUGAACAUGAUGUUCUUGAAGAGUACGGCAAUCAGUUUGCGAAUCAAAUGCAGCAAUCAAUCUUCGGCAAUUCCUCUGAAGAUCCUUUUAAGACCGAUAUGUUAGCUGGUGAAGAAGCUGGAGAUACUGUGAAAAUCGAUGAUGUUCCAUUAUCCCCAGAACAUCAUGUUGUCGAAAAGCGUUCUGUUGAUGAGGAUCUUCCUAACUUUGAAAAUCAGCCUGUGGAAGAUUUGAUUUCUGGUCUAGAAGAAUCUUCCCAAGCUAUUGUCGAUGAUGCCCUGAAAAAAGCUGAAGCUGUUUUGACUGACGAUUUCCUUGGAUCUGAACAAUUCUCGAACGAACCUGUUGCUCAUGCUGUCGAAUUCUUACCACCCACUGAAAUCAGCGAAGUUCCACAAGAUGUAGAUGACCUCGUUCAGUUACAGGAAAGCGACCAGUUUCCCGAUAUUGUUUCCAGUUUGGUUACCAAGUCUCCUUUUGAUGAUCACCAUCACCAAUCAGAUGUAUCUUCUCAUGAUGACGAACCCAAUUUCCAUAGCCAAACUCCGGAAGAGGUUCCUUAUGAGCGUUCUGGUCCACUUACGAUUCCUGAACUUCCGGAGAAGCUCGAAGGCCUUGUUGAGCGAGCUGAGGAAGAUUCUAUUCCUGAGCCAGAUAUAGAACCUGUUCGUGGAAUCAGCGAAGCAUACCGAGCCCCAACUCCUCCCCAAGUUAAUAUUGUUAGUGAAGCGCCUAGUUUGAGUUUCAGAGAACCACCACGGUUUUCAGAGCCAGCAGCAGAAUCUUCUGCUCCUCCAACCGUUUCCAAAUCAUCAAACAACAGUGGCGAAGCAUGGUUCGAUUUCAAGACUAUCGACCCGAGAGGCUCCGUUUAUGCUAAUCAGGGUGGGUGCAUGAGCACAACAUGGUCGUAUUGUCUCCAAUUGUUGGGAAAAUGUGAUCAAUACGAGAAUGGGUGGACCGGUCAUGGGGAGGGAGGGGAGGGAAGAGUCAUCCGGGCUGGACCUCCAAUGGCUUAA